CAGCAUUCUGAAUUCUUUUCGGCUUCGAUUCCUCAGCCAUGCGUCAUUUCUGGCUUUUGCCAGCUGUUGCUGGUAUCGCUGGGGCUCAAUGCCCCUAUCUGUCGGGUGAAAUGAGUUUCACCCAGGAGCAGGACAAUGCUGGCGAUACCAUUGAGGUCACGGAACAGACCAUUGACAACACUCUCUAUGUCAAUGACACUGGUAGCUACAUGACUACCGACUUUGGGACCCCGAUCUCCGACCAGUACAGUCUCAAGGCCGGUCGCCGUGGACCUACCCUGUUGGAGGACUUUAUCUUCCGUCAGAAGCUCCAACGGUUCGACCAUGAGCGUGUCCCCGAGCGUGUCGUCCACGCCCGUGGUGCCGGUGCAUACGGUACUUUCAAGUCCUACGCCGACUGGUCCAACGUCACGGCUGCCGAUUUCUUGAGUGCCAAUGAAAAGGAGACUCCGAUGUUCUGUCGCUUCUCUACUGUUGUCGGUUUCCGUGGAAGUGUUGAUACCGCGCGUGAUGUUCACGGUCAUGCUUGUCGGUUCUACACUGACGAAGGUAACUAUGACAUCGUCGGAAUCAACUUUGCUCCCUUCUUCAUCCAGGAUGCCAUCCAGUUUCCCGAUCUUGUCCACGCCAUCAAGCCUAUGCCCAACAAUGAGAUCCCUCAGGCCGCAACUGCUCACACUUCCGCUUGGGACUUCUUCAGCCAGCAGAGCACUGCCCUCCACAGUGCCUUGUGGCUGAUGUCUGGUAACGGUAUUCCUCGUUCUUUCCGCCAUAUGAAUGGAUACGGUGUCCACAGCUUCCGCUUUGUCGCUGCCAAUGGCACUUCCAAGGUGGUUCGCUACCGCUGGAAGUCCCAGCAGGGUGUUGCCAGUCUGGUGUGGGAUGAAGCUCAGGCUGCUGCUGGUAAGAACAGCGACUACCACCGUCAGGAUUUGUACAAUGCGAUCGCCAACGGUCACUACCCCAAAUAUGAGCUGCAAGCCCAGAUCAUGGACGAAGCCGACAUGCUCCGCUUUGGUUUCGACCUUCUGGACCCCACCAAGCUGGUCCCUGAGGAGGUUGUCCCUUACACUCCUCUCGGAAUGAUGGAGCUCAACGCCAACCCCACCAACUACUUUGCUGAAGUUGAACAGGCUGGUUUCCAACCCGGCCACGUCGUUCCUGGUAUCGAUUUCACCGAUGACCCCCUGCUGCAAGGCCGUCUGUUCUCCUACCUGGACACCCAGUUGACCCGUCACGGCGGUCCCAACUUCGAGCAAAUUCCCGUCAACCGUCCACGCAAGCCCGUCCACAACAACAACCGUGACGGCUUCGGUCAGCAGCAGAUCCCUACCAACAACUGGGCCUACACCCCCAACACCAUGAGCAAUGGCUACCCCAUGCAAGCCAACCAGACCCACGGCCACGGCUUCUUCACCUCCCCUUACCGCUACGCCUCUGGCCACCUCAUCCGCGAGCCCAGCCCGACCUUCGACGACCACUGGUCCCAGCCCGCCAUGUUCUGGAACUCUCUGAUCCCGGCUGAGCAGCAGAUGGUUGUCAACGCCAUUGUCUUCGAAAACUCCAAGGUCAACAGCCCCCACGUUCGCGAGAAUGUUGUCAACCAGCUGAACAUGGUCAACAACAACCUUGCCGUCCGUGUUGCUCGUGGUCUUGGUCUUGACGAGCCCUCCCCCAACCCGACCUACUACACCUCCAACAAGACUUCCAACGUCGGCACCUUCGGCAAGCCCCUCCUCAGCAUCGAAGGUCUGCAGGUUGGCUUCCUCGCUUCCAACUCUCACCCAGAGUCCAUCAAGCAGGGCCAGGCCAUGGCCGCUCAGUUCUCUGCUGCUGGUGUCGACCUGAACAUCGUCACCGAGGCCUACGCCGAUGGUGUCAACACCACCUACGCCCUGUCCGACGCUAUCAAUUUCGAUGCCCUCAUCAUCGCCGACGGUGUCCAGAGCCUCUUUGCCUCUCCCUCCCUGGCUAACCAGAUGAACUCUACCGCCACCUCUACUCUCUACCCUCCGGCCAGACCUUACCAGAUCCUGGUCGACUCUUUCAGGUACGGCAAGCCCGUGGCUGCUGUGGGUAGCGGUAGCGCUGCGCUCAAGAACGCUGGUAUUGAUUCCUCCCGCUCUGGUGUGUACACUGGCUUGAGCGAGACCACCGAGAAGAUCGCCAAGGAGGUCUUGAAGGGACUCUACACUUUCCGCUUUGUGGAUCGGUUUGCCAUUGAUGAGUAAGGGUGUUGUACAUAUACUCAUAAUCAUCAUUGAUUGUGAUAGAUCGCUUGAUCGAU